AUGGCGACCAGUGAGAGGAUCAAAUCUCAGGUUGUUCAGGACGUCAUUGAUUCUGGACCAAGGCGGCACACGCACGAUUCGCCAUGGAGACUGUCUCAGACCGUGCGGUGUUGGUUUUGUUGCGUACCAUCUGUCGUCCAUCUUGUCGAUUCUCACGAGAUCCUGUCACCUCGUCUGGCCAUUCUUCGCCUCCGCCCUCUGCGCCAAAAACCCAUCAAUAUUAUCAACUGCUACUCACCAACACCAGCAGCUGACGAAUCCGAAUUGGACGCAUUUUACGAGGAGCUGGAGGAAGUAAUCCGCAACGAGAAGUCCUUCUACAAAUUCGUUGUCGGAGACUUCAACGCAAAACUAGGAAAGGCUACAGAAGAGGAAUACAGGAUCGGAAGAUUUGGACUAGGGGAUCGGAAUGAAAAUGGCAAUCGUAUCGCCGGGCUUUUGUCCGCCGCUCGCCUCUUUCAUGGGAACUUUCUUUUCAUGAAGAAAGGCCAUCGUCGGUGGACAUAG